UACUGUUACGUCACUUCCGCGUCUGUUGUUUCUACGGAGAUGGGUCCGGCGCUGGAUUGUGACGUUAGCCCGUGCGUUCCUGUGUGACGCUCUUUGACACCGGCUUCAAGUGUUUAGUGGAAUUACUUGAUGAUUUCCUACAUCUGGCACUACUUCUACAGCAACUACUUUCGGUUUUGGCUAAAAUGGGUUCUCAGACAAAUAAGUGGGAAAUGUGAGUUGCAGAGAAUUUGUGAUGGAACUAAGGAUGGAGCCAGCAGAACACACAGGAUAGAAUACUCACUGGAACAUUCGAAAUGUAAGGUUCUGCGAUGUGCCAUAAAUAUUUCUGAGGAGGAGGCAGACCAGUAUUUAGCCAAUAUAGUAAAAGAAAAGAAGAUCAAUUUAGAAAAGGAUAAGAGAUUUGAGAUAAAUCUGAGGAUUUGUUUGUUACAGAUUUCUGGCUACAAGAAACUCUAUUUAGAUGUGGAAGAACUAAGAAAGCAGUCUUUUGACUCUAAUAAUAAUUAUCAUGAGCAGCAGCUACUAGAGCUCUGGGAUUUACUUAUGCCGCAUGAAAAGCUGAACAACAGAGUCACUAAGCAGUGGGGAGAUGUUGGCUUUCAAGGUGAUGAUCCAAAAACAGAUUUUCGUGGAAUGGGCAUGCUGGGACUGGCAAAUUUACUGUAUUUCAGUAAACAUUACACAGAGGAAGCACGCCUCAUCCUGUCCCACUCCAAUCAUCCAAAACUCGGAUAUUCCUAUGCUAUAGUUGGUAUCAAUCUGACAGAGAUGGCCUAUAGCUUACUAAAGAGUGGGGCUCUGAAAUUUCACUUCUAUAAUACUGUUCCUGAAUUUCCACAGAUGAAGAGUUUCCACCAGCUGUAUUGUUACCUGGUAUAUGAAUUUGACAAGUUUUGGUUUAAAGAAGAACCCGAGAGCAUUAUGCAGUUUAACCAGUACAGAGAAAAAUUCCAUGAUCAAAUCAAGCACCUUCUUUCCAAUGAAAGAGUUGCUCUGACUCUUUAAUAUGCCUGCCUAUUUAAACAGACACAAUUCCUCUGGGGUUACCCAACCUCAUUAAAUCCUUAUAUCUCUAUAUCUAGUUAAAUGUUUCUAAAAAAAAAAAAAAGCUAAUGGACAAUCAAAUUUUGUGUACAUUUGUAAAUGAGAAAACACUGUUCUUGGCUUUGCCUUGUUUUCCUAUUUAGCUUUGAAAAAAGUUAUUGUCAUUCUGUGUGCAACAACUUCCAGUUUAUUCCAUGUUUCAUUAUAGAAAUUCUGUUGCGUAGCUUUCAACCACAACCUAUAAACUAAAUGCAGCAGUAAACUAGAGCAGCUGAGCUGUUUUAUAAAUAGAUUCUCUUCAUCUAUUUGUCUGGGUCAAUUUUUAACCAUAAAAUUAAACAUAUGACGUUAAACUCCCCCUUAGGUACAUUCUGGCGCAGAAAAAAAGUAGAGGCCAUCUUUAAAGAAAAAACAAAACAAAAAGCACUUGUAGCCUUAACAAUAAUGCUUCUUAUUAGUAGAUAUUAUUGCUUGCAGGUUUUUCUCUUUGGUUUUGUCACGAUCCAUUGCAGGCAAUGGAUUAAAAUGUUGAUUAAAAAUAGUCUCUAGCAGAGUAAAUGGUACCACAUUCUGCUAUACAGGUACCAGAUAUAUUUGGAAUCUUUCACUUAGUAUAUCUGAGCAUUAUUUAUAGGUAUAAUUUAUAUUGUUUGAUUUAAGGAACUGUUAUAAUUGUUGUAUGUUUUAAUCACGUUGGGGACAAUAGCAUCAAAAAUAUUGUUGCUGAGCGUAUAUAUAGCAUAAUAAAUGCCUGCUUGAAAUGAAAAUUGGUAGUUUUGACUAUCUUAAUGGUUCUGAUUAUAUCACAGGAGAAAAAAAAAAAAUCUGCUAUAAUUUAUUACAUUGUGCAACCCACACCUAAUGGACUAUAUAUGGAUUUCUGCAGCACUUGGAAUAAGCAGAUGAAUGCAGCCUUAAUAGGCUUAAUAAGGUUUUAAUGUUUAGUAGUUGACAGACUACUCUUUGGUACAUACGGUCACUAGAGAGCAGCAGUGCUCUGAAGCUGCCAGUAUCUACAUGGUGACUGCGCACCUAUACCUACAACUACUGUAACCCUUUCAUUUAUUUUUGACUUCGCUCACAUGUAUACAGCUUUUAUUUUAGUGCUGUUGGUCCCAAGAAGUGCUGAACUUCGACUUUUGGGGCCUUAGGGGUCUUGACAAUUUCAUUUGUGAGAUAAAUUCAUUUUAAUGAAUAUUUUGUUAGUCUUGACAGUAAAAACAUUUACUGUCCCAUUAUGGCUCUGCUCAAACCUGCUUUGAGUCCAUUGGUCAUUUUUGUUGGCCUGACUUCUCCUUUUCAUAGACAUUGAAAAAUGGCAUAGUUCCUUUGUACCAAAUAUAUCUUUUUACAUCUUUAUGCAGGAUAUGGAACAUUUUUUAGAAAGCUUACAUGUUGCCGUUAUUCCUUGUAUGUUUCUGAAAAUUGUUUUACUUGAUUCAGUGGUUACAACUUGCUAUUUAUACAAUUACUUUAUAAAUGAUGGUGCUAAAAUAUGUCACAAAACUGCUUUGUCUGGGAGCAUUACCUGUAAUUUACUGCAGCACUUGUAUCCAUAAUGCUUAAGAAAUAAAUCUUCCACACAUACUGCACCUAAA